UAAAUGUGAUAACACAAACAAAUAUCGAAAAAGAUUGUUUUGAUGUUUGACAUAUUUUAAUAACGGAAGAAGGACAUAUACAGGUUAACGUACAGUGUAUCGUUUAUCAAGAUAACAUCUGAACCGGGUAUAUACAACACGAUGGUUUACCAUUUAUAGGAUACAAGAAAUUUUAAGAUAUAAAUGGUGUAUUUAUCGUCCUAUAGAUGACGAAUGAGAGAGAAAACCUCAUUAAGCCGCAUGCCUAGCCAGUUAUACACACUUCUUGUAUAUAUAACAUCUUUAUUGGUUGUUUGAAGGAAUCUUGUAACGUAUCGGAAACUUUCCGCAAAGGCUAUCAUAACUUUGUCGUGAAUAAAAAGGGUGUAUGACGGCCAAACUGAAGUGUACAAAUAAGGAAAAAAAUGACUGCCAUAAAAGUAUUCCUUUCUCACAGUAAUGAACUUGAUGAUCAACAACUGGUAUUUGAUGAAAUCCUUCCAAAAUUGGAAGUUUUUAAAGACAUAAGCAUCCUUACCCAAGAUGAAUUACAACCAGGACAAAUUUUUCUAUCUAGUUUAACAGAAUUGGUGGAUAAAGUUGAUAAGACACUCCUAUUUAUCACUAAGAAUGCCAUGCAAAGUAGCUGGUGCAAUCUAGAAUUACUAAUAGGUCUAGAGAGAUCCCAAAGGAAACAGCAGCUUUCUGUUGUUCUUUUACUUCAUGGUAUUGAAGAGAAAGAUAUUCCACAAAUUGCAGUAUUACAAGAAGCUAGAAAAAUUGUGUUUACGACAGAAAAUGAUUCCUGGGUUACAGAGACCAUCGAAAGGUUAAGGGAAAAAGAGACUAUAAAACAAUUGAUGCCAGCGGGAAAUGUAGCUCAUGGUCUGGUAUGGUCACAUUAUGCAGGGUUACUUCAAUACAUCCUACCAGAUUUGGAAAAUAAACUGAAAGAAUCUGAAUGGUACAGAAAAUUAGCCUCCCUUCAGAACCAUGUGUCAACAAAGUUUUAUGAAAUGGUACCAACAUCAUGUACUUGCCAUUUUGAUCUGUCAAAAAUAGAUGAAAAUAUCAACUUGAUCACACAUUUGGAACUUUCCAAUACAAUAAGAGCGGGAAACAUUAGAAAAUUUGCUGUCAAACUUUACAGUAUUACUGAUGGUGAUCAGACAUAUUUCUGCAUUUGCGAAUACCCAAGUGCCAUUGGAGCAAUGAAGGCAAUGGAAGAUCACCAUUUAGCAAAGUUUAGUAUAGAUGACAAGAAGUUACAGUUAGCAAGGUUUUACUAUACCAUGAACUCUGUGAUAAACCACUUUGAUAUAUCUAGAAAUAAAGCAAGAGUUGUUCUCUUCAAUGAUGAAACUGAGAAGGUGUCUGAAGUUUUAGUAAAAGCAAUAAAACAAGAUUUACAAUUAACUGAAAAAGAAAUGCCAAAGGAGAGCUCAAUCAGACCUAAGUUAGAAGACUUGGAAUCUACACCAGAACUUGAAUACCAAUAUCAGGUCUAUAUAGCUCAUUCAGAAGACACAGAAGACAAACAGAGUGCUAAAGAAAUUAUUGAAUACCUGGAACAGAAGGGGAUACACAGUAUCCUAAAAAAUCCUGACGACCCAAAUAAUCCAGAGGUGAAAUCUAAUACACUUAUUAAAGCUGUGCAGAAUUGUAGAUGGUUUAUUUUUCUGAUGACCAAGAAUUCAGUUAAGGACAAGAUGCUUCAGCUGAGGGUACUGGCUGCGCUCCAUGAUGGUAUCCUCAAAAGAAGGGUAAGGGUAAUCCCUGUGGUAGAUAGACGUAAUGAUAUCUACAUACCUGAUGCUCUACAGUGGGUCACUUAUGUACCUUAUAAUGGACAAACUAAAUCUCAUCUUAAAAGUCUUCACAAUAUCGUUAGUGGAGAAGACUUUCCAUUGAAAACAGAGAUGUUACUUCCUGCUGGAGAUGUAGCCAAUGGUCUUGCCUGGGGUUAUGUUGUUAAUUAUCUUAGAGUCAUCUUGCCAGAUGCAUUGAAAAACAUUGACCAGUCUUUUAAGAAAAUGGAUAUCAGCAAUUAUAAAUGUCCUGAAACUCUGUUUAUAAUUAUACCAAAGAGUUGUGAUGCUAAAGGUGUGAUGAAAGACAAAAAUGACAGAAUAUCUAACUUUACAACUACUCCUGAUAUUCAUCCUUUUGGUGGGAGCAGACCAUUUUCUUGUCAAAUAUAUAAAAUUACUGAUCAGCCGGACAAAUAUUUUAUUGGACAAUAUGCUGCACCUAUUACAUGUUUACAUGAGAUGAAGGAAUGGAGGAUUGCAGGUGUAACUGCAGACACAAUUUUAUCAGAAGCAUACAGUUUUUAUGAGAUCGUUAGGAAUCUUAUGGAGUCAGCUGAUCCUCAAAAAGCCAAAUGUUGUGAAUUUAUUUAUUUUGAUGAUGAGACAGAUUCUUUGGCUGAUAUAAUAGAGAAAAGAAUUGGUUAGACAACACGUUUGAAGACAAAUUUGUUUACUUAGCAUGCAGGAUAUGUAAACAGACAAAUUCAUGACAAUCAAACUAGUUUGGACCAAUGUUAACAUUAAUGAUAUUUGUCAUACUACUCCUUAAUUUGAUUCAAUUUCAUAAAAGCAGAAUUGAAUGAAUGAAUGGAUGAAUGAAUCUUUAUUGCAUUAGCAACAACAUUGCUUUAGCAUAAAACAAAGUAUAUACAAAUAUGACAAAUAUGACAGAAUUGCACUACUUUCUUUUUGAAAAGUUGAUGAUUUGAAUUCUAAUUUUAGCGGUAUUUUUUAUUAUUAUGUCUUUACCUUGACAAACGCUUUAAAUAUUAGAUAGACCAUGUAUUUAUUUCAUUGAAUUAACCACUUUGCACAAUAGACUACAACACUCUCUUGCUUCUAACUAGUUAUUGUAUCUACCUCUGGAGUCUCUGUUUCAUGAAAAUAUUAGUGCUAAAAAAAGCUUUGGACUCCCUUUUCA